CGUAGUUACAUUCACCACAGUGUCGUGCUCGAGAUAUCUUUUCGAGUUCCUCGGCAGCGGAACUAUUUGAAACGAAUUUUAUGGUAUAUAUACAAAUAUAUUAUUUUUACGUAAUAUAUUUAUAAAGAUACGUUGAGUGUAAAAAGAAUGUUCUAGAAACAUUACUGUCAGUAUAAAAUUCAAAAGAGCUAGUACUGAAGAAUAUCAAUUAAGGAAUGGAAGAGUACGCAAGAGAACCAUGCCCAUGGCGUAUAAUAGAUGACUGUGGUGGUGCGUUUACUAUGGGUGCGAUUGGUGGAGCAGUAUUUCAAAGUAUCAAAGGCUUUCGUAAUGCACCUAGUGGGAUAAAUAAAAGGAUUCUAGGAAGUCUUACAGCUAUUAAGCAGAAGUCUCCCAUUAUUGCUGGAAAUUUUGCAUUAUGGGGUGGUAUGUUUUCCACAAUAGAUUGCACAUUAGUUCAUCUCAGGAAGAAAGAAGAUCCAUGGAACUCUAUUAUUAGUGGUGCAGCCACAGGUGGAAUAUUAGCAGCAAGAAAUGGUUUGCCAGCUAUGGCUGGUAGUGCAAUUAUUGGAGGAGUAUUGUUGGCUCUAAUAGAAGGUGUAGGAAUAUUUAUUACUCGUCUAUCUGCAGAACAGUUCAAACCUCCAUCAUUUACUGAAGAUCCAAACCAUUUGAGACAAGGUCAUCCAUCGUAAAAUUUAUAAAUAUUUAGAUAUAUUUUAAAUUACACUUAAACUAAUUAAGUACAAAUGUUUCAUACUCUUUGAAACGAUAGUAGUUGGAAGCUAUCAUAUUGCCAGUACGUCAAAUUUGUAUAGAUAAUUCAGCUUCUUCAUUUGAGAAAUAAUAAUAGUUUGGUUUUUAUUUAA